AUGGUGUACAAUGUGCGCAUGCAUGUGUGCAGCAAAGAAGGUUCGCCGGAACAUCAAGGCCGAGCUAAGUUAAUUCCAGAGAGGUUGCAGAGUGUCAUGCACGAGGCUCGCAUGUCGCAUCACAAGAACCUACUUCAAUUGACCUUGAAAGCUGCGGAAAAGUCCAUCAUUACGAUGGGCCACACAUCAAGCUCACAAACAAAAGGUUAUCAGAGGGUCUCCGAAGAUUAUAAACAUGUUUUCAAGGACCCAGAAGCCAAAGAUCUCAAGACAAAAAUAACGACCACAAACCCCGACCCACUCGUCCUGCCGACCCUACGCAACCUGGCAGAAUGCCCAGUCUAUCGCCUCCCAGAGGAGGUGCUUUUGAACAUAAUUCUACAUCUGCCCAGCUUGGAAGAUGAAGCGCAUCUCAGGAUCUCUUGUCGACUGUUUCUGCGCCUUUACAACACAUCUGCAGCCCUCCCAGUACACGAAGCUCCGAAGACUGCGGGUCGCGUUCGAGGUUUUGAAGGGUUCAUCACGAGGCGUCUGGCGUGGGAGUACCAUGGUCUGACUACACCUCGUCGAUUUGUAAAGGGUAAAAGUGCUACAUAUCUCUGCAAAGGAUGCACAGCUGCCUGGAAGGCAAAAGACUGGAAACAAAGGGAGGAUGAAGCGUUUAAAUACUAUCAUUGCUCCGGUUGCGGUGUCGACCACCGCGCGUGGCUCUUUUCGGCCGCUCAGAGACGCGUGUCGAGCGAGCUUCGUGUCUGCAUUGGACACCAGGGCUACUUACGUCUAUGUGACCAUAAGACAGUAACAUGGGCCGAUAUUGUGGCCAGGGCCGGUCUUCUCGAUUCGGCCAAUCCUGUUCCAGCGCAUAUCAGACAGGACAUGGCCGUGUGUAAGCACCGGAGCCACGACACUGGAGGUCGCCUUCCUUCCAAGAUAAGGCAUAAUACUCGAGGAUGUUCUGUCAGUUUAUCUCUUGCGCCAAGCUACCGGAGAAGCAAAGAGCACAGUAGGCGCCAAGAACUGGCACUUAUGUGGGACGCAUACAUUCCAGACAUAAUCCCACCAAAGCGGCCUGAUGAUGACGGCUCUCAACCCAAGGCACGAAUAGACGGCACAAUGUUGCAUCGCCAGCUAGCCAGCCUGCGAGACAUCACCGGCAAGUAUAUGUUCUCAGAUCCCCUCUACGACCCAAGCGCUGGCAAACCCCCGCUGGAGGCUUCUUGCUUCGACCCGGGAUACUGUGACUGCAUACACCUCGCUGGCUCGGAGGACCUGCCUCAACAUCUAAAGCUGGCCGAGCCCGAACGGAAGACUUCCUGGAAGGAGUGGCAGGGAGGUCAACAUUCUUGUUCAACCUCAGCUUUGUCCGACAACUUUCCUCUGCACCUAAGGCGCAGCCCGUAUCAUCCUGGUCCCACCUUUAUCCAGACGGUCAGCGUAUACAGCCCACCCGAGUUCCCCGGGGCCCUUUGCGUCGAAUACAACAGCUCAUUUGACAUUUCAUUCGACGACGAUCCUGCCAAGACUCUUCAGCUAAGGCGAUCAGGACCCUUAGGACGUUGCUCACUGGAGUGGAUGAUGGCGCUGGAUCCAGAGUCUUACGAUAUCGAGUCGGAUCACGAAGGGUUGAACGUCUUUUGGUGCAGACAGCCUGAAUGCGCCAACUACUUUCGUUCGAUUACGAGACUCGGGAGUGAUGAUGAUCACACCAAGCCUUGCCCCCGACUUUGCCAUUAG